AUGCAUGCCGCAUCGCGGAGCAUUAUUCACAACAAGCAGAUGACAGGGCACGAUCAUCCAUCCAUACGGCGGGGCGGUUUGAUCACUCUGAUCACGGCGCAAGAAGCAAAGCGGUCAAGCCCUGCGGCUGCCUGCGGAGUGCGGGGCAGCCAGCCAGAGCCAGCGCCAGCGCCAGCGCCAGCACCAGGACCAGGACCAGGCCUUCCGACUCUUUUGUUUUUGUGGAUUGUUGUUCUUCCUCAAACUCCCGUGCAGCAUGAUAUGAUAUUGAAAACCCUCUCCCCCGCGUCCGUAUCUGCGCUCAUCGAGGUCAGCAUACACAGCCACCUGAGCGAUGCGUUGGCGUCUUCCUUCUUCCAGAUUUUCCCAUGGGGCGUUAUUGUUCUUGAGUCCUUCGGCUCAAUAUGUUUUUCACUUAUUUCCCCAGCUCGUGACGGACAAGGGGUGGCGGGGUAA